CAUUCUGCAAAAUAUUACUUCGACAAACAAAAUUUUAAAAUUCGAGACAAUCCGAGGUUUAAUUUACGCGAUCAAUACUCAUCGGCAAACUGUGAAAUUAUCCACACGUUUGAUAACCCAUUUUGAGAUAAUGUUCGUCUGUCUAACACAGCUGCUGGUAGUGUCAUUGUGUUUCCAUUUAGUUCGAAUUUUUCUGAUUGUGUCAUCCGAAAAAGCUACUAAAGAAGCUUUAAUGCCCAUAAUAUUUGUAACUGUUGAAAUUCUAUAUCUGUUUUUAUCAAAUUCUAUUGGGCAAACAAUGACGGACCACAAUAGUUAUGUAUUUGCUACUGUGUACAGAGUUGAAUGGUAUCUAACUCCUUUACAUAUCCAGAAAAUGAUACUUUUCCUGUUGUUAAAAGGCGCCAAAAGUUACGCUCUGAAUAUGUAUGGUGGAUUAUUUGUUCCAUCAUUCGAGACCUUUGCCACGUUGGUGAAAGCUUCGGUAUCUUAUUUUACCGUUGUACUAUCUACACAAUAA